AUGGAGCUCGCCCCGCGUAGCCGCAGCGGCCUGCCGCCCGGGGGGCGGACGCACCUGGCGCGCCCGCCCGCUGGACGGCAGCGCUACGCGACCGGCCAGGGCUCCGAGUGGUACGCCGCGCGCUCGGUGGCGUUCGGCGGCUCGGCGGUCUACAGCGUGAACCUCGGUAGUGUGUGCGGCCCGGACAGCCCGCUGGGAGAGGCUGCGCUAAGGCCGCCCUGCCGCGUCCUCGAGCUCGGGUGCGGUGACAAGCCGCUGGCCCCCGGGAUGGCCGCGGAUGGGUUCUCCGUGGUGGCGGUGGAUUUCUCGGAGGAGGCGGUGCGCCAGGCCAGCGGCAGCUCGGGGCGGCGCCGAGGCCCCGGCCGCGUGGACUACGCGGCGGCGGACGUGCGGGCCCUGCCCUUUGCCGGCGGGUCCUUCGGAGCCGUGGUCGACAAGGGCUGCUUCGACGCGCUGCGGUCGGCGCACUGCGCGCAGGCGCUCGGGGAGGUCUGCCGCGUGCUGCAGCCCGGAGGGCGUUUCGUGUGCAUCUCCAACGCCGAGCAGCUCCUGCGUGCCCACGCCCGCCGCGUGCCAGGCUGGUCCUGCGUGCCCGGCGCGCCCUUCGUGCUGGCGGGCGUCGACGACGAGGUCUUCCUGCACUGCUACCGGCGGCUCGGCCACGAGGCCUGCCACGCGCGGCCCUCUCAUGAUGGGCCUGUUUUCCACCACCACCACCACCAGCAGUAG